AUGCAGAUUACGAGGCCAGUUACCGAAAAGAUCGAUACUUUGGUCGAUUCGUUGAGGGAUUUGUCUCCGACACGUAUCAAGUCUUCCUCCUCUGAUGAACUCGUAUCCGAAAAUGAUGACAAGAUAAGCUCAUGGAUUGCUCUUCAUCCGUCGGCAUUGGAUAUGUUCGACAAAAUAAUGAGUGAUGCAAAAGGGAAACAGAUUAUCAUGUUUCUUGACUACGACGGAACUCUCUCACGAAUCACUGAAGAUCACGACAAAGCUUACAUAACCGACGAGAUGCGAGAGGCUGUAAAGGAAGUGGCUAUACAUUUCAAGACUGCGAUCAUCAGCGGACGAAGCACAGACAAAGUACAAGGUUUUGUUAAACUCGCUGGAAUCCACUACGCCGGAAGCCACGGCAUGGACAUUAAGGGUCCGACAAAUACUGAUCAGAGUAACCAAGAAGUCAUGUUUCAACCUGCAAGUGAAUAUUUACCAAUGAUCGACGAGGUGGUUAAUGUUUUAAAGGAAAAAACAAAAGGUAUCCCUGGAGCUACGGUCGAGCACAACAAGUUUUGUCUAUCAGUGCAUUUCCGUCGUGUUGAUGAGACGGGAUGGGCUGCAUUAGCCGAGCAAGUGAGAUUGGUUCUCAUUGAUUAUCCGGAACUGAAACUGACGAAAGGCAGAAAGGUGUUAGAACUCCGACCUUCCAUCAAAUGGGACAAGGGAAAGGCUCUCGAGUUUUUGCUUAACUCAUUAGGAUUGGCAGAAUCUGAAGAUGUGUUACCGGUUUACAUUGGGGAUGACCGUACUGAUGAAGAUGCAUUUAAGGUUUUGUGUGAAAGGGGACAAGGUUUUGGGAUUGUCGUCUCAAAAAUCGUAAAGGAAACCUACGCUUCAUACUCUCUUCAAGACCCAUCUCAGGUUAAAGAAUUUCUGGAGCGUUUGGUAAAGUGGAAGAAACAAAAACUUGGAGAAGAAGAAGUGAGUUAUUAGAUAGAUGAAGCACUUCGUGUGGGAUUCUUAGCAAGAUAAAAGUGGUGACCUUAACUUUUAGUUUUUAAAAA